CUCACCCUGGAACAUUAUUGUCAACGGCACGGACAAUCCAAUUGGCGUGGCUCAUUGGGGCAUGGCAGGGUUUUAUCCCAAAGCGUGGGCGCGAACCAAGCUCUCCAUGUUGUUGGACGCGGACUUGGAAAGCACCCGCGAAAGCGAUGCGGGUAUCCGGAAGUCAAGGCAUGCUGUGCGCACCUCGGACACCCCUGAGCUCCGGAGUUCCCUACGCCAGAAACUUGUGCAAAGAAUGGAGGAAAGGCAAGAAUGGAGGGCCCUGCUUCAGAGGCGCUUGGGUGAGAAGGGAUUUCCCGAGAGCUCAGUCGAGUAUCAAAGACAUAUCUUGGAUCAAUUGAGUCCCGGCAUGGCCAAACCAAAGAUGCUCAGCCCUCUUGUGGAAUACCUGCCUAAGGGUCUCACCUCCCCCGGGGUAUGAAUGGGGUUGUCUGUUUCCUGCGUACGCACUCCAGCAGCCAAGAUCCUCUACAUCUUACCCGUCUCGUCCUCAGAUAAGGCCAAGUCGCUAAGGGUGCAAUGCUAGGUAAUGGGGGGCUUGGCCAUGUAUGCU